CAGUUGCUUCGCUCGGUAAUUCGUUAUCGUCAGUCUAUCGUUCAACCCCCAAAACCCUAGGCCGGCGUGCUGGGCUGAGGAUUGAGAGAUGGAGCUCCCCUCGUCGUCGCCGCCACCAACUGACGCCGUUCUUCCUCCAUUUCGCUACUCGACUUCAGAUGCUACGGGACCAUUAUCGGCAAGCGAAAAUGGGGUGAAGCUGUUCGUCGGAGGAAUUUCCUCAGGCAUGAAGGCGGAAACUUUGAGAACUCACUUCGAGAAGUUCGGAUUGGUUGAAGCAACGGUGAUGAAGGACCGGCUAACCGGGAAAUGUAGGGGGUUCGGCUUCGUCCGGUUUGCGGAGACGGAAGCCGCUGAAAAGGCGCUCAAAAACCCCAAUCCUCUCAUUAGCGGACGAACGGUGGAGGUUAAAAGAGCCAUACCGAAAGGUCAGAUUAACCACACUAACCAGAAACAGUUUCUACGUGAACGUAGCAUAUCCAGUAGGAAUAAUAAUUGGGAAAUUAACAAUGGCAAUCCAAAAAAGAUUUUUAUAGGAGGUUUACCAGGCAACUUAACACAACUUGAGUUGAGAAGUUUCUUUGAGAAGUUUGGAUCAGUUGUUGAUUCAGUCGUUAUGUAUGAUAAUAUGACUCAACGGCCUCGGGGUUUUGGCUUUAUCACAUUUUCUUCAGAUGAUCCCGUGACAAUGGUAUUGAAGAACAGCUUCUAUCAGUUGAAAGGGAAACUUGUACAGGUAAAGCUAGCUGUUCCAAAAGAUGACAGCUACCGUUUGUGCAGAAAUGAUAACGAUAACGAGCAUUGUAGUCCAAGAGCUGUAGCAACUAACGGACUAGCAGAGCCUGAUUAUGGUAUUUAUCAACACACUUUUUAUCCAAGAUAUGGUGAUUAUGGAUAUUUCAAUUAUUACGUAGCAGCACCCUGCCCUCCUUAUCUUUAUGGAGGACUUUAUGGAGGAUAUAAUCCAAGUGGUGUUCUUGGAAUUAGAUACAAUGACUACUUAGGAAAUUCUAGAAGCCCUUUAAAUGUUGGGAGUGGAGUGAUGGUGCCCGUUACCUAUCCACCUCAUGUCGCUGAUGGCUUUAGAAGCAACAUGUUUGUGCCUACUCUGUGUUAUGCUGGGGAUCAUGGGUCUGAAAGCAGUAAAGAAACCAGCUGUAGGGAAACUGAAGUGAUCCUGCACAUUGACCAGUGAUAAUGGGACUUCCAGAGAACACAAUAAUCCCAAAGCAGAAGAUGCAUGGCACUCAGAUGCUAACUUAUUGAUGGAUGCUGGCGCAACAAAUCACCUUUGCAGUUGCCAAUCAUCUCAGCUCCUAGUCUUUCUUGUAACCAUAUCCAUUGAAUUGAACAAAACGCUGCAUCGUUCCAUUUUGUAUAUAUUAUGCCCAUCAAUUUGCUCAGGCAAUGUAGGUCUGCUAGUUUAAAUUGCACAGUUUGAUUUUUUUUUUAGGUAUGAUGGUAACUUGACAAUUAAUUGAUUAAACUUCAAAAGUUUUCUUC